AUGGAAUUAGAAAAUGUAAAUACUAAUAUAUUUGAUAAACAAUUUGCAUAUUUUUAUGUCAAUGAAAGUUUUCCAAUCAUUUUUGCUUUUAUAAGAAAUGAAGAAGUCAUUUUAGUGAAAAUAUUUUAUAAUAUUUUCAUUGAGUUAUGUAUUAGAUAUUAUAGCAUAGUUUCUUUAGAAUCAAAGAAAUUGUUGUUCAGUAUUAUUAAUGAAUUUCCUUCAAUAAAAUUACAGUUUAAAAAAAAGUUUCAUGAAGUCAUUGGUAUGUAUACCCGUUCUGACCAAUUGUCAUUAAUUCAAUCUUGUGAUAUUUAUGAUUAUGAGCUACUAGAACCAUUCCUUUCACCCAAUAAUGUUAUGGAAUUUAAUGAAAUAAUACCAUUUAUUGAACAUGGACUUAGUUCAGAUCCAAUUAACUUCUUUAAGAAGUUAUUAGAAUUGACUAAAAAUAAUACUCUUAGGAAAGCUGUUAUAAACUUUAUUAUUAAUAAAGUCACUCUUACAGAAGAAAUGAAACAAAUGAUAAGAAUGUAUAAACCAAGUUCUGUUGAAUGUGUUCAGUUAUUAAACCUUGGAGGUGACCAAUGUGCUACAACAAUUAAUAAUUUAUUAACAGAUGAAGCAAUUGAGAUAAAUUAUCAAACAAUUGGAACGCUUAAUGUAAAUAGAACAAGUCAGUUAUUUAUUCUUUUAUAUCAACGAUUAGUAGAAUAUUCUCAGAAAAGGAAAAUAACAUAUUCUUUAUUAUUCAUUUUAAAAAGUAUUGUUCUUUCAUUAGAAAAAGCAAGUAAUUUUGAUGGAAUAGAUAUUUUAAUAUUUUUACAAUUAAUUCAAGAAGUAAUAUAUCAAGAAUGUAAAGAAGUUCAAAUGGAACUGUUAAGGUAUUGUCUUCAAGCAAUUAAGUUAUAUAUUAAUAUUAAUAUAGAAGAUUGUUUUGAAUAUAUAAAUGAACUUUGGAUAUUAUUAGUUGACACUAUAGCGGUUUCAUUUAAAGAUUUAAUUAUAUCAUUCUUUUGUAAUAUUUUAAAUACAUCAAAUGAAGUUUUAUUAGAAUAUGAAAUAGUUGCUUUUAGUGAUAAGAUUACAGAAGAAAAUAAAAGUAUAUUUGAUAGUACAAAUGGAAUUGAUUUAAUUAUUCUUUUAAUAGAAAAGAUAUAUAAAUUAGAGAAAAAAGAGAACUAUUAUAAUACAAUCGAGUCAUUAGAAAGUCUUGAAUGGCUAAAUAUAUUAAAAAAAAUAAUGAAAAGUCUACAAUCACCUACAGCUAUUGUUAAAAGUGAAAAAUUUUUUAAAGAAAUAUUAUUGAGUGCAAAAAGAGAAGACGCUUAUAAAACAUUAAUGAAAUGGAUUAAAGAAGACCCACAAAUAUAUUAUUUAAGAAUAUUACAACUUUUAUUAAGAAAUGAAGAAAACCAUCAUCAAAGUAUUGGAAAACAAAAAUUAGAAUAUACUGUAUUAUAUAAUGGAAAAGAAUAUAAUGUUAUUGGAGAAAGAGAUAGUACAAUUGAAGAAAUUUUAUCACAAAUUAAUGGAACUACAGAAUUAAAUGGAAUUGACACAUUAUUAACACAACAAAAAAUAACAAAAAAAUCAACACUUGGAGAACUUAAUAUUCCUUUAACAGAAACAUUACAUGUAGUUAAUGUGAAUAUAAAAGAAAAAUUAUCGGAUUUAAAAUCUAAACAAGUAAUUGAUCAAAAACCAAUUGAACAAAUUAGUCAAAGUGAUGUUAAUAAAUUAAUGGAAGUUUGUGAAGUUUCAAAUGAAUUAGCAACUAAAGCACUUCAAAUGUAUCAUUCACUUGAUAAAGCAAUGGGUCAAUUAUUAGAAAAUAAAAAAGAUAUUGAAAUUGAAUUAAAUAAAGAUUUAUCCAAAAUUAAUUUUAAAGGGAUUGAUUUAAGUUUUAUGAAGAAAAAAGUAGAACAUAAUUCAUUAGUUGAUUUUGUAAUUCAACAAGAAGAUAUUAAAGAAUUAUUUGGUAUUUAUGAUAAUGGAAAUCAAUCAAUUAAACAAAUAAUAUGGUUUAUCUUAAUGAGAUUACCAACUAUUAUUUCUAUUAAAAAUGAAGUAAAACUUUUAAAAGAAGGAAAAGAUAUUAAAAAAAAUGGAAGUGAAUUAAUUUAUUUUUUACAAACAAUUGAACAAGAAGAAGAAAUAAAUAAUUAUUGUAUUGAAUGGAUUAUUAAAUAUCUUGAUGAAAUUAAUUCUAUUGAAGGAAUAGAUUUAAUAGGAAAAAUCUAUGGGAAAUAUUGUCAAAGUAAUAAAGAAUCAAAUAACAAUUAUUUUGAAAUAAUAGAAAAAUGUGUUAUUUGUAUUGAAAAAAAUGCAGGAAGUCAAGAGUCAUUAAGUAUUUUAGAAAGUAUAAUGAAAAUGAUUAGUUCUAUUGAAGGAAGUGAACACUUUUUAGAUGGAGAAAGAAUAUAUUUAGUAUUAAAAAAUAUAAUUCAAUCAAAUCAAAGUAAUAUUGAAAUGCAAUGUAUUAUUCCUAAAAUUAGUAAAUUAGUUAUUGAAAGUCUUAUUAAAAAUAAUACAUUUGAUGCUUUUCUUAAUAAAGUAAUAAAUAAUUUAUUUAUUAUAAACCAAUUAAAAGAAUCAACAAUUCUUUCUCAAUGGUAUUUAAUUCUUUGUGAACUUAGCAAAAUAUUACAAAAACAUAAAAUACAUAAAAAUAUUGUUAUUCAAUUAAUUCAAAAUUGUAAAGAAAUUAUCAUUUUUUGUAAUGAACAUUUUACUCAAAAAGAAAUUAGACUACCAUUUUGUAUUAAAAUAUUAGAAAUUCUUAUAGAAUAUUUAACGGACAAUGAAAUUAUAACAAUUUCAAAUAUUUUAAUUCAAAAAUAUAUUGAAGAUAUUUCUAUUGUUAGUUAUCCAAGUAGACAUGCUGUUAUUCAUUUUUUUAAUUUUAUGAAAGUUAAUAAACAAAAUAUAUUUGAUACAUUAACUGAUGUUAUUUAUAAAAAACAUCCUAAAAAAAUUGUUCCAUUAAAAGAAUUAUCUUCACAAGAUGAACAUAGACGUGGUCAUGUUGGAUUUUAUAAUCAUGGAGCUACUUGUUAUAUUAAUUCUGCUUUACAACAAUUAUAUAAUAUGAAAAUAUUUAGAGAUAAUGUUCUUGAAAUUAAUUGUGAUGAAUUAAAAAUUAAUCCAAAUAAACCAAAAAAGAAUUCUAUUUCUAAUAACCAAAAUAUAAUUAUUCUAACAAACAAAAAUAAACAAAAUUUAGAUAAAUUUAAUGAUUAUGUUACUAAUAAAAUGGAAGAAGAAAACUCUGUUGAUUAUUCCAAAGAUCUUGCUAUAGAAGUUAUUCAUCAAUUACAAAUUUUAUUUACAGAAAUGUCAAUUGGAUCAAAAAAAACUUAUUCUACUAUACAACUAAUUGAAUCAAUUCAAAAUUAUAAACAUAGAAAUGAUUUAAUAACAAUACAACAUGAUACAAAUGACUUUAUAAAUUUAUUAUUUGAUUGUAUUGAAGAAGCACUUAAAGGAAGUCAAAUAUUUGAUUGUUUUACAUGUAAAUUUGAUGAUGUUAUUUCUUCUCUUGAUAAAAAUGUUCCAUAUAGAAAAACACAUGAAAGUGAAUCAAGAGAACUAUUUCUUCCUUUACGAAUGAGUGUUGAAUUAUCAUUAGAAUCAUUUUUUAGAGAAGAAGUAUUUAAUGGAGAAAAUAUGAUUAAAACAGAUGAUGGAAAAUAUAUUGUUGCAAUAAAACAAAAUAAACUUAAAAAUGCACCACAAUAUUUAUUAUUACAAUUAAAUAGAUUUAGUAUUGCAAGUGAUCAUUUUUCUACAAUUAAAAAUAAUGAAGAAUGUUCAUUUAAUGAAAUUAUUAAUUUAAGUCAAUAUGGAUGUAAUCAAGAAUAUCGAUUAAUUGGUGUUAUUGUUCAUAUUGGAAGUGCAAAUGCUGGACAUUAUUUUAGUUUUAUUAAAAAUGAAGAAGGAUGGUUAGAAUGUAAUGAUAGUCAUGUUUAUUCAGUACCAUUUAAUAGAGUAAAAGAAGCAGGAAUAGGAGGAGGGAAUAAGUCAUCAGGAUAUAUUUUUGUUUAUUCACGUAUCAAUAAAGAAGAAAAUGAAAAUACAAUUGGAAUUAAAUUAAAUCCAAGUAUGGAAGAAGAAAGAAUUGAAAUGUUAAAUGAUAUAAUUUAUAAUGAUGUAGAAUUAUUAAAAGUUUCAAUUGGAAGUGAAAUGAAUUUAUUUGUAUGUACAUUUAUACUAAAUAUAAUAAAUUUAUCAAGAGAAGAUUUAUUUGAUUUAAUUGAUCCAUUGUUAAUUGAAUUAAAAGAAAAUGGAAAGAAAAUAUAUGCAAAUGAUGUUAUGAAGCAAAUUGAUAUUACAAAAUGUAUUAUAAAGAAUCAAAGUGAAAGAAGUAGAAUUAGAGUAGUUUAUUUAUGUAAAUGGUUUAUUAAAAAUGGUUCAAAUCAAAACGUUAUUUUAUUUGUUAAACAAAUGAGUAACUUAAUAAGUGAAAGUACAAACAACAUUUAUUGUUUAAAACAAUUCUUUAUAAUCUUCUAUUAUUGUUUUAAAUCAAGUAAAGAAGUAGAAGAAUUUAUGUUAAAGAAUAACAUAAUUAAAGAAUUAAUUAAAUAUAUUGAAGGAUUAACUGGAAACGAUAUUUUUAAUGAAAAUUAUUUACCUGAUCUUAGUUCAUUUAUGAAAUUACUAACUAAAGCAAUUUGUAAAGCUUCAUUAAGUAAUGACAUUGAAAUUCAAUUAACUAAAGAAAUUAAAGAAAAUCUUUUAGAAGAACCAAUAUUUACAAGAAUGAUCCAACAACCAAUUAAAUAUAUCAGUAAAAUACUUCAAUGUAUAUGUCAAAAUAAUUACGUUAUAUCACUUAAACUUGCUAAUAAAAUUAAAAAUCAAAUUAAUGAAAUGAAAUAUAAUGGUCAUCAAAGAAUUAGUUAUGACAUUUUAAAUUUAUUAAAAACUACAGUAUUAAUGGAUGAUCUUUAUAAUUUACUUAGAAGUUAUUUUAUAUUAAACAAUAUUGAAACUAUUACUAUUUCUCCUUUCGUCCCAAAUGAAACUAAUGAAAUGAAAAAUGGAAUAUUAACAAAAAUAAUUGAAGUUAAUACAAUUAAUACUUCUAUUAUUUCAACUGUGGUUGACUUAUCUAAAAAUGAAAAUGCUGAUAAUGUUAGAGAAGUUCUCUUUGAAAUGAAUCAUGUAUUAGAAGAUAUGGCAAUUCAUCUCUUAAAACUAUUAAAAGAAAAAUAUUCAUCUCAAAUACAACAAACUCAAAUUCAAAUAACUUCUUCUGAAAAUAUUUUCUUACAAUUAUUAAAGGCUUUAACUGUGCAAAAAUUCUAUUCUUUCCUUUAUACUUCAAAAGAACCUAUUUGUAAAGAUCUUAUUCGUUUAAUAGAAUUAUUCAAAUUACGUUAUAAUUAUCUUAAAAAUUCUUCUAAUGACGACCAGAUUCUUUGUGAAUUGAUUCAAUUAAAGAAAUCUUCAAUCGCUUCAUCUGAUUAA